GACACGUCUUGCCCGACACUAAAACCUAAAGGCUCUAAUUGUAAUUUGCAUGACCUCCUCUGCCAGAGACCACGUCUAACGCCGUUGAGCGGCAACAGUCACUGCCUCACAAUCACAGAGCUUCCUUCUUUCUCAGCUCUCCCUCUCUUUCUGUCUCUCGCGCGUUGAGAUGGAAAACCAUAGCUUUUGUAGCAGCAGUAAGACCAAUACCAACAACCCCAACGUCACAGUGCAAUGGAGAGCCGAAGAAGCCAUAGCUGGCAACGCUGAAGCUCUCGAAGCUCUCAGAGAACUCAUCAUCUACCCUCUUCUCUAUCCGCGUGAAGGCCAAACUCUCGGUCUCAAAUGGCGUCGAGGUUUGCUUCUCUACGGUCCACCGGGCACCGGAAAGACAAGCUUGGUACGAGCAGUGGUUAAGGAAUGUGGUGCACAUUUAAUUGAGAUCAGUCCACAUUCUGUUCACAAAGCACAUGCUGGAGAAAGUGAGAAAUUUUUACGGGAGGCUUUCUCGCAGGCUUCAUUGCAUAAAUCGUCAGGCAAGCCAUCAGUUAUCUUUAUAGAUGAAAUAGAUGCACUCUGUCCUCGCCGUGAUUCUAGAAGAGAGCAAGAUGUUCGCAUAGCUUCUCAACUCCUUACGCUGAUGGACUACAAGAUGUCCUUGGCAUCCAUACCACAAGUUGUUGUUGUUGCAUCCACUAACAGAGCUGAAGCAAUCGAUCCAGCACUAAGAAGAUUUGGGCGUUUUGAUGUUGAAAUUGAAGUUACUCCACCUACUGAAGAAGAACGCAUUCAAAUUCUCAAGCUCUACACAAGAAAGCUUCAUUUGGAUUCCAACGUUGACCUCCAAGCCAUAGCUGCAUCUUGCAAUGGAUUUGUUGGGGCUGACCUGGAAGCUUUAUGUCGUGAGGCUGCUAUGCCUGCAAUUAAAAGAAACUUAGGUGCAAAUAAAGAUGCUGGUGUGUUUAGCUUAACAACAGAAGACUGGAAGCAUGCAAGGUCUGUGGUUUGCCCAAGUAUAACAAGAGGUGUUACGGUGGAAAUCCCCAAAGUGACUUGGGAAGAUAUAGGAGGAUUAAAAGAUUUGAAGAAAAAGCUCCAGCAAGCCGUUGAGUGGCCUAUUAAACAUCCUUCAGCGUUUACAAGGCUGGGAAUAUCACCCAUGCGUGGAAUUCUUCUCUAUGGUCCUCCAGGAUGUUCAAAAACCACCCUUGCUAAAGCUGCUGCACAUGCUGCCCAAGCUUCUUUUUUUUCUUUGAGUGGUGCAGAAUUGUUUUCAAUGUAUGUUGGAGAGGGUGAAGCUUUGCUGCGCAAUACCUUUCGGAGAGCUCGCCUUGCAGCACCCAGCAUAAUACUCUUUGAUGAGGCGGAUGUUGUUGGUGCCAAAAGAGGUGGGAGUUCAAGCAACAGCAGUACCGUUGGAGAAAGGCUUCUAUCUACUUUGCUGACUGAAAUGGAUGGUUUAGAAGAGGCCAAGGGAGUCUUUGUUUUGGCUGCUACGAAUCGUCCUCAUGCGAUUGAUGUUGCAUUAGUUCGCCCAGGACGCUUUGAUUUGGCACUCUUUGUACAACCACCAGAUUUAGAAGGUCGAUAUGAGAUACUUCGGGUGCAUACUCGUAACAUGAGCGUAGGAGAUGAUGUUGAUCUCAAACAAAUAGCAAAAGAUACUGAGCUAUUCACAGGAGCCGAGCUGGAGGGUCUAUGUAGGGAAGCUGGAAUAGUGGCUCUGAGGGAAGACAUAUCUGCCACAGUUGUGUGCCAUCGCCAUUUCCAGACUGCAAAAGAUUCUUUAAAGCCGGCAUUAACCAAAGCCGACGUGGAUUCAUAUUUGGCAUUUAGUACUCAUUAGAAUCAAGUGCAGAACAUGAAAAGUGCAAAAGGACUUCUUAUGCGCAAAUGCAAAACAAACCCAGCCCAGCAUAUACUAUCCAGUAGCUACUACCUGAAAGAGUUAGGUUUUAAUUAACUGCUAUGUACAUAAUUGGUUAUUUGGUACUGCUGUCCUCAGCUUUAGUUUUCUUAGCUUUUGAGAAUAUUGUCUCCAUUUGUUUCCUACCCCAAAAAGAAGGCUCUGAUGAACUGAAUAUUAUAUAUAUAU